ACACACUAUAUUGCCAAAAGUACUGGGCCAGCCCUCCAAAUCAUUAGGUUCAGUUGUUCCAAUCACCUCCAUGACCACAGUUGUAUAAAAUCAAGCACUUAGGUAUGCAGACUGCUUCUACAAACAUUUGUGAAAGAAUGGGUCGCUCUCAGGAGCUCAGUGAAUUUAAGCAUGGUACCAUGAUAGGUUGCCACCUGUGCAAUAAGUCCAUCCGUGAAAUUUCCUUGGUACUAAAUAUUCCACUGUUAACUGUUAGUGAUAUUAUAACAAAGUGGAAGCAACUGGGAACAACAGCAACUCAGCCACGAAGUGGUAGGCCACUUAAAAUGACAGAGCGGUGUCAACACAAGCUGAAGCGCACAGUGCACAGAAGUCGCCAACUGUCUGCA